GCACGUGUAGUUGUGGUUGCGACUCUGUUGCUCAAUUUUGCCUUUUUUUGUGUCCUCUUCAGUUCCUGUCAGAGCAGAUUAGCUGGUGGCGAUAUUAGCUAAAAAGCUAACGGUCCCUUGUUGCUAACCAAUGGUUUAAUGGCUCUCCGUCACUGUAUUUAUGUCGUUUUUUCUGUUUCACAUACUUUUGUGUGUACGUAUGGUAAAGUCACUGUGGGAAUAUUUAUGCAGUCAUUUAACGGACUUUUUAUUUUUUGGUAAAAAUUACCGUAGUGUUGUUAACGUGCUCCUCCACGUAGUUGGCCUUGAACACACAGAAGUCUUUAUCUCGAAGGGUUAGGGGCUUGAAGGCAUGCAACAUUAAAGAAGACGUUCUGUGUCGUGUCCUGUAAAGAAGCCAUGGCUCCUGGGGAUGUGGUGUCGGAGCACGGCAAGCAGCCCAAACCCAAGGAGAAGCGCCCCGCCGCCGCCGCCGCCGCUCCCGUCAAGUCGUCCAAUGUUGACUGCGAAUCGGACGGCUCUUUUGUGUUUGAGGCCCACGAGGCCUGGAAAGACUUCCACAACUCUUUGAGGCAUUUCUACGAAGUGGGAGAGCUCUGCGAUGUCACGCUCAAGGUCGGCAGCAAGUUGAUACCAUGUCACAAACUUGUGUUGGCCUGUGUUAUCCCCUACUUCAGGGCCAUGUUUCUUUCCGAAAUGACGGAGGCCAAACAGAAAGUGAUCGAGAUCAAGGACUUUGAUGGAGAUGCCAUUCAGGAUCUGGUCCACUUUGCCUACUCCUCAAAGCUCACACUCACUGUAGACAAUGUCCAGCCUCUGCUUUAUGCUGCCUGCAUCCUGCAGGUGGAGUUGGUGGCACGGGCGUGUUGCGAGUACAUGAAGGCCCACUUCCACCCGACCAACUGCCUGGCGGUGCGCACCUUUGCCGAGAGCCACAAUCGCGUGGACCUAAUGGACAUGGCCGACCGCUACGCCUGCGAGCACUUCGGCGAGGUGGUGGAGUGCGAGGACUUUACGUGCGUCUCGCCCCAGCACCUGCGGACGCUGCUUUCCUCCGGCGAACUCAACAUCCGCUCGGAGACGCAGGUGUACAAGGCGGCCGUCAAGUGGCUCAAAGCCAACCCGCAACACCAGCACACCUGGCUGGACCACAUUUUUUCUCAGGUGCGCCUGCCGCUGCUCCCCGUUGACUUUCUGACCGGCACGGUGGCCAAAGAGGAGAUGAUUAAAGGCAACCUGAGCUGCCGGGACUUGAUGGACGAGGCCCGGAACUACCACCUGCACCUCAGUGACAAGGCCGUGCCGGAUUUUGAGUAUUCGCUCCGCACCGUUCCCCGAAAACACACCGCAGGUUGGUUUCUCGGCGUUUCCGUGUGGAUUUUUGAUAACGCCGAUGUUUCCGAAGGGGUUCUGUUUUGCGUGGGCGGUCGCGGCGGUUCCGGCGACCCGUUUCGCAGUAUCGAGUGCUACUCCGUUAGUAAGAACGGCUGGUUUCUGGGGCCCGAGAUGAACAGCAGACGGCGACACGUCGGCGUCAUUUCUGUAGGAGGAAAGGUUUACGCCGUCGGCGGACACGACGGCAACGAGCAUCUGGGCAAUAUGGAGGUGUUUGACCCCUUCACUAACAAGUGGAUGAUGAAAGCCUCCAUGAAUACCAAGAGGAGGGGAAUCGCCCUAGCCGCGCUGGGCGGUCCCAUCUACGCCAUCGGCGGUCUGGACGACAACUUGUGUUUCAACGAUGUGGAGCGCUACGACAUCGAGAGCGACUGCUGGAGCGCCGUGGCCUCCAUGAACACCCCCAGAGGCGGCGUGGGCUCCGUAGCGUUGGGUAGUUUUGUAUACGCGGUGGGCGGCAACGACGGCAUGGCGUCCCUAUCAAGCGUGGAGCGCUUCGACCCGCACCUCAACAAGUGGACCGAGGUGAACGAGAUGGGCCAGCGGCGUGCCGGGAACGGGGUCAGCAAGCUGAACGGCUGCCUCUACGUCGUCGGUGGAUUUGACGACAACUCGCCGCUAAGCUCCGUGGAGCGCUUCGACCCCAGAACAAACCGCUGGGAAUAUGUGUCGGAGCUUACCACCCCGCGUGGCGGCGUGGGCGUCGCCACGGUGAUGAGCCGUGUGUUCGCAGUGGGUGGGCACAACGGUAACAUUUACCUGAACACGGUGGAGGCCUUCGAGCCACGCAUGAACAGGUGGGAGCUGGUGGGCUCCGUGUCGCACUGCCGAGCCGGAGCGGGCGUGGCCGUCUGCUCGUCGCACGUGAGUCAGAUCAGAGACGUCGGGCAGGGAUCCAGCAACGUAGUUAACUGUAUGUGACGGAAGACUGAAAAUGUGUACUUCACCUCAUUGCUUGCUCUCCAUUGUGUUCGCUUUGUGCCAUGUACACCACAUGAUAGCAUUAGAUGAGAUUGUCCGUUUACUAAGUAACUAGUUCUCAUAUUGCUAGAGUUUCACUCCAAAUUUUUUGGGUGAUAAACUAACAAAAAAAUAGCAUUAUUUUACAGGCACAGGUUUCAUCUGUGACUUUGGAACGCCAUAGCCCCCCCCCCCCCCCCCCCUUUCUCCGGAGUCUGCAUUAAUGUGGAUUCAUUAGAACAAAUUAAAAAAAGAUUUAGAACUUUGUUCAACUCAGGAUGAAAUGGUGCACAUGUUGGGUAGCAAUUCAUUUUUUAGAUAUUUAACGGGAUGACCGUACAGCUUUAUCUAGAGUCCAGAACCAUUCAACCAUUGUGAAUUGCCAGUCUUCACAAGGGUGUCGCUUAGCAAAAAGUUCAUUCAAAAGUUCAAGGAUGUAACAUGUCACACGAACAAUAUUUAUUCAUAAUCAAUCGUUUGCAUCCUAUUUUUUCAUAAAUGUAAUAUUUUCUUGUGAAUCUACUUUUGUCAAAGGGAACCUAGUAGACCAGUUUCAAUCAGCUUCACGUGCUAAAUGCAGAAUAACUUCAAUUAUGUCAAUCGUGAUCAUGCUUGAACAAUCAUGGCUGACAGUUAAGUUUGUUGGGGAAAAAAAUGCAGAUGUGAUUUAAAAAAAAAUUUUUUUUUUAAAUAGACAACUAGAGUUUUGCAAUGUUGUACAGAAAUUCAUUGAGCAGUGUCAGGGAAUGCUUGUGGCAAGACGAUAGCUGGACUGUCAGAAGCUAAAUCGCUUUCUUGCAGAUGGCACCUAUAUACAUAUAUUUUUUAAUAUAUUCUGGACACCUUUUGUAAUGUACACAUAUAACUAUAUUUGCUGUUAUUCUUCUAAUCAUUGGUUGUGCUAGAAUUUUCCAAGGUGAAUAGAAUUGUAUAUUUGUUGUCACUUCGUGCAGCGUUUCAGGCUACAUAUGUUUUAGUUCUGUCUUGGGUAAAGCUGCACAAUUUACAAGGGACUGAUAAAACACACACAAAAGCAGUUGCACCUGAAGUUCUUGGUUUUUCUUUCCAGUGUGCGUUUUUUUUAAUGUUCAAUAAAUUUAAUGAAAUGAUGGAAUUUUGUCUGUCAUACUUUGUCCCGCCAAUUGUCUGAUAUACUAGUCGUUCUCAAAAAAUUAGCAUAUUGUGAUAAAAUUCAUUAUUUUCUGUAAUGUACUGAUAAAAACUCCUCCUUGAGUUAUCACCUUAUCGUGGUGGAGGGGUUUGCGUGUCCCAAUGAUCCUAGGAGCUAUGUUGUCUGGGGGCUUUAAGCCCCUGGCAGGGUCACCCAUGGCAAACAGGUCCUAGGUGAGGGGCCAGACAAAGAAUGGCUCACAAGACCCCUUAUGAUGGAGAAAAUUACAGGAUCCAAGUUUCCCUUGCCCGGACGCGGGUUACCGGGGGGCCCCCCCCUGGAGCCAGGCCUGGGGGUGGGGCUCGAAGGCGAGCGUCUGGUGGCCGGGCCUUUUCCCAUGGGGUCCGGCCGGGCACAGCUCGAAAAGGCAACGUGGGUCCGCCUUCCCAUGGGCUCACCACCUGUGGGAAGGGCCAAAGGGGUCGGGUGCGUAGCAAUUUGGGCGGCAGCCAAAGGCGGGGGCCUUGGCGGUCCGACCCCCGGCUACAGAAUCUUACUCUUGGGACAUGGAAUGUCACCUCUCUGGCGGGGAAGGAGCCCGAGCUGGUGUGUGAGGCAGAGAAGUUCCAACUAGAUAUAGUUGGACUCUCCUCCACACACAGUUUGGGUUCUGAUACCAGUCCUCUUGAGAGGGGUUGGACCCUCUUCCACUCUGGAGUUGCCCACGGUGAGAGGCGCCGAGCAGGUGUGGGCAUACUUAUUGCCCCCAGGCUUGGUGCCUGUAUGCUGGGGUUUACCCCAGUAGACGAGAGGGUAGCCUCCCUCCGUCUUCGGGUGGGGGGACGGGUCCUGACUGUUGUUUCUGCUUAUGCACCAAACAGCAGUUCAGAGUACCCACCCUUUUUGUAGUCCUUGGAGGGUGUGCUGGAGAGUGCCCCCUCUGGGGACUCCCUCGUUCUGCUGGGGGACUUAAACGCUCAUGUGGGCAAUGACAGUGAGACCUGGAGGGGCGUGAUUGGGAGGA